AUGGAACACAACCUUGAAACGCCUGCUGCUGGUUGGGGUGAGUCUGUUACGCAAGCGCUGCAAAUGGGCGAAGAAUCCGAAGUUUCGGCUAUGGAUCCUUUGCUGCUCGGUGGUGUUAGCGAUGAUGCUGCAGAGCCUAACUAUGCAGAUGCACUGGCAUCUCAAGGUGAUGAGCCAAAUAGAGGUGGUCUAGAGCAAGCACCAACCCAAGUGGGUAAUCAGCCGCCGCCGGUACAGAUUGCCAGAGCUUCUCCGGCAUCGCCUGGUCACAGUGAGUUGUCACGCAUGGAGGGCGGGGGUAUGGCUGCAAAGUGGGAUCCAGACGAAGAUGAGCUGGUUCCGGAUUAUGCUAGCAUGCCAGUUGUCCCAGAGGGCAGUGGCUCGCACCUCCAAGGGUCUAAAAGGGCGGAAGAUAUUCAGAUCAGGGGUACCGCUCGCGCCGCAGCUAUGGACGUUGAUGAGCCUAGUGCUGAGGUAAGGGUCAAUCCUGAGCGAGGGUUGGAAGUGGAAGCAGCGGUACAACGGCAGGUUUUGAGCAUCUUCCAAAGCCAGGUGACUCCAUUGUUGGGGCAACUCAUGGAUCGACUAGAGGCUAUGGAAGCGAGACAGAGCGCUCAACAUGACUUGGCGAGCGACUUUCAGAGGAUGAGGUUGGGAGUUGAGUCGGCAGCAUCGGCGGUAGCUCCAAGAACGUCUGUAGAGGCUAGGGUAGAGCAUGCAUUUCCGGGGCUGCCCAUUGUGGAUAACUCCCAAACCCCUCUGUCUCCAGCUGGUGCAUCCGGGGGCGCUGAUCCUAGCGCGGGGUCUGGUGAGGAGAAAUCUGGGUUGGUGACGGUGUCGGGAGUUGAACACGCCUGGCGCUUGACGUUAAGCCACAAUCUGCAGGAAAUCGGUGGCACUGAUAUCCGACCGCCGCCAAUUGCGGCUGCUCCGAAGUCUCCUGAUGUAAAGGAGGUGAAAACUUCAACGGCUGAGCUUCAGAAGCUGGUCAUUCAUGACGGGGAUAAGGAGGUCUCGCCUCUUCUAGCUGGUGACUGGCUCACUUUGGCAGGAUUGCACCUGAUCCUUAAAGCCAUUCCCAACUCCUUGAAGGAGGAGCUGGUAAGCACCCAACGGAUGUCCUGCAUUGAUGCGGCCGCGAAGAUCUUUUGCACCUAUCAGCCGGGUGGUUUAAAGGAGCGUUCGGCUUUGUUGCGGUUUCUCACUACACCAGAAUCGUCUUCCGAGGUGAGCGUAGCGCUUAAGCAUUUGAAACGGUGGGCUAGGUGGUAUCGUAGGGCUGAAGACCUACAGGUCUCAUUGCCGGAUUCCACAUUGCUUCUGGCAGGAUUGGAUCUUCUUACCAGUAAAGCGCUGAGCAAGUUUCCGGAAACCCAAUUCAGGCUGUCAUCUUUUCGGUAUUCGCAAAACAUUGACAUGGUUCCUACAUCAGAAAAGGUUUAUUCCCGGAACUCGAUUCCGCAAUCGAAUCAUAAUCAAUGCAAUCGUAUAUCCAUCGCUGUAUUCCCCAAUACACUUAUGUGGGAAGACGAAUAUAAAACAGCAUAUGAAAUUGGACGCACAACGUGA